UAUAAAGUGAUAAAGCAAACAUGAAUCAGUAUGAUAGAGCAAGGUAAGGCUUGAGGAUACAGGUUUUUACAAGAGUUUUCAGCUAGACUUUUGGGGAUGCAGCCUGGCCUAGAAUGCGUCCUUCACUUUGUGUUCGCAACAGUUAUUUAUACAUCUGGGAAUUACAACAACAUAAUUUAUUGGCUACUAGUUUUAGUGUUUCAAUGGCUUUCUCGUUUGUAGUCAGUUUUUGAAAAGUUCAAAAUUUCGUAAUAGGAUACUAUAAAGCAACUUGUUAAUUUUGGGAAAAUCGGAAGGAGGCUUAGCCUAUUUAGUUGCCUCCUCAAGGAAUUUCUGAUCCGAAGUAUUGGAUCCACUUGUUUUUGUAAUAAUACCUCAUGCAUUAUGUAUUUAUUGGAAAAUAACUUCUUACAAUUUUAUUAACCUUAAAACCUGAGGCAUAUGAAACUUGGUAUAGUAAUCAGAAAUUGGUGGAGAAGAUAUUCAACCCUAAAAAUGCUCAGCAUGAAGGAGGCCGGCGCAAUGACCAGAAUGAGGAGAAGCAUGCCAGGAGCAAAUCCAAGCCAGCCAAAUCCUAAUAAGUUAAAUUUCAUCAGACGGAGAGAUCUGGGUCAGGAACAGAAGAAGAGCGCUAAGUCUGUUGAUGCUCAGGGCAGAAGAAUGGUACUUCACAGACUUUCGAAUGGCAAUAUCCCAGCUUAUGCUGCAGGCCCGUUAAAACGUGAGAGGUAUGUAAACCCUAAGAUGGAAUCUGAACUGAUCAAUUUUAAAUAAACAAGUUGAAAAGCGUUUUAAAAGGUCGGCAAUUAAGGACUACAAAUUUUCACUUGGGGAUCAGGUAGUUUCAAAGAAAGGGAUUAGCAGUAACCAGCAUCUCUUGCCAUUGAUACAUCAUGACUUAAGUAAAGAUUCAGAUACGAAGAUGGCCACUAGUGUUUUUGGGAGCUUGGCUAACUCCUACCAAAAAUAUGAAGGUAAAUUGACUGUGAAACUAUUAGAAAAUAUCAUUUCCAAAGAUGGCUUGAAGACUUCGAGAGAUACAGUCUGAUAUAAUCGUAAUGAUAAGUUAAUAAUGGGUUCGUUAACAGUUAGAGAAAACAACCAAGAUCUUAAACCACAAUACCCAGACUCUCAGUCUGGACAUAUCACUUUGAAGAAUAAGAAGCGACUUUAUACCAAAAUCCAGCAGUUGUAUAGCAAGUCAGAGCACCUUGGAAGCAGCUCAGCAAGGGAGAGUACUGGAAACUCAAAGUUGUACAUCAAGUACAACAGCAAAAUUCCAAAAUUGAAGAAAAGAAAAAUUAUUAAAGAUCCUAGUGAUGUAGAGACCCAGCUGAGUAAAAAACUGGGGACUGCGAUUUCUUCAGGUCAACUUCCACCCAAAAAUAUUAACUCAAGCCAUGCUUCUAAGAAGAGCCAAAGGGGACUAGAGUUGAAUAAUGAUUCUAAGACUGAUUUUGGAUACUACAAAACUUCUAAGAAACCUUCUAUGGAACCGAAUCCCUCUCGAUCACAUCUGGGGAAGUAUAAGUGAAGGAUGAAUAAAGCGACUAUAAACUACAAGAAUCCCAACCUCACUUCUGUGUUUAAGCCCAAGUCUCACUUUACAGCUGAGGAGUUUAAAUAAGAUGACUCUGGAAAUGAAGAGAUCGAGGAAAAAGUCAAAUAGUAGCUUAAAAUAUAAGGUCUCGAAUACCUCGACCGAUGGCAACCAGAAAAUGUUUCAGAAGAGCUGAAAGUUGUUACAGAAUUACGAGACGAGAAAUUAUCCACAAGUAUUUACCUCAGCUCAGUCCGAUGGUGGAACAACUGCCAAAAAGAGUUCCAGACUCUACCAUACUCAUAGAGACGGGUCUAAGGAGAGAAAAAGGCAUUUUAAGAGCUAUCAGCUUGCUAAGAUAAAGCCAGCCAGGAAAGCUAGCUUCAGGCAGCUCUCAAUCAAUAGGAAUUAA